UAAGACUUGUUUCCUUUUUUCUUUAUUGCAGACCUAUCCAUGGCAGUGCAGAAAUUUUCUCAGUCACUACAGGAUUUCCAGUUUGAGUGUAUUGGAGAUGCUGAAACAGAUGAUGAAAUUAAUAUUGCCCAGUCACUGAAAGAGUUUGCCCGGCUACUGAUAGCUGUAGAAGAGGAGAGAAGACGACUUAUCCAGAACGCCAAUGAUGUGUUAAUAGCACCUCUGGAAAAGUUUCGUAAAGAACAAAUAGGUGCAGCAAAAGAUGGGAAGAAAAAGUUUGACAAGGAAAGCGAGAAAUAUUAUUCCAUUCUAGAGAAGCACUUAAAUUUAUCAGCAAAGAAAAAAGAAUCUCAGUUGCAAGAUGCAGAUACGCAGAUUGACAGAGAGCAUCAAAACUUUUAUGAAGCAUCAUUGGAAUAUGUGUUUAAAAUUCAGGAAGUACAGGAGAAAAAGAAAUUUGAAUUUGUUGAACCACUUUUGGCAUUUCUUCAGGGACUGUUUACUUUUUACCAUGAGGGAUAUGAGCUGGCCCAGGAGUUUACCCCAUACAAGCAACAGUUGCAAUUCAAUUUACAGAAUACACGAAAUAAUUUUGAAAGUACCAGGCAGGAAGUAGAGAGACUGAUGCAGAGAAUGAAAUCUGCCAGCCAGGAUUACCAGCCACCAAGUCAAUGGACAAUGGAAGGCUAUCUAUAUGUGCAAGAGAAACGACCUCUUGGAUUUACCUGGAUAAAACAUUACUGUACUUACGAUAAAGGGACAAAAACAUUUACAAUGAGUGCAGCUGAAACAAAGUCUGGUGGGAAAGUUAAUGGCCUUGUCACAAGCUCACCAGAAAUAUUCAAGCUAAAAUCUUGCAUCCGGAGAAAAACUGAUUCAAUUGACAAGCGUUUCUGUUUUGAUAUUGAAGUAUAUGAAAGACAUGGAAUCAUAACACUCCAAGCUUUUUCAGAGUCCAACAGGAAACUUUGGCUGGAAGCUAUGGACGGAAAGGAACCAAUUUAUACUUUGCCAGCCAUUAUUAGCAAGAAGGAAGAAAUGUUCUUAAAUGAAGCAGGUUUUAACUUUGUGAGGAAAUGUAUUCAUGCUGUAGAGACAAGGGGUAUCACAAUCUUGGGGCUGUACAGAAUAGGAGGUGUAAAUUCCAAGGUGCAAAAGCUGAUGAAUACCAUCUUUUCUCCUAAAUCUCCUCCUGAUAUGGAUAUUGAUAUGGACCUUUGGGACAAUAAAACAAUAACAAGUGGACUAAAAAACUACCUCAGGUGUCUUACAGAACCACUGAUGACCUUCAAGUUGCACAAGGAUUUCAUUAUUGCUGUUAAAUCUGAUGACCAAAACUACAGGGUUGAGGCAGUGCAUGCACUUGUUCAUAAAUUACCAGAGAAAAACAGAGAGAUGCUGGACAUCCUAAUCAAGCAUUUGGUCAAGGUAUCAUUGCACAGUCAGCAAAAUCUCAUGACCGUCUCCAAUCUUGGUGUUAUCUUUGGACCAACUCUGAUGAGAGCUCAGGAGGAAACGGUGGCUGCAAUGAUGAACAUUAAGUUUCAGAAUAUUGUAGUUGAAAUUUUGAUAGAACAUUAUGAAAAGAUAUUUCACACCGCUCCAGACCCCAACAUUCCUCUUCCCCAGCCUCAAUCCCGUUCAGCUUCCAGGAGAACAAGAGCAAUUUGCCUCUCAACAGGCUCACGCAAACCCAAAGGCAGAUACACCCCCUGUCUGGCAGACCCUGAUAGUGAUUCAUACAGUAGUAGCCCAGACAGCACUCCUAUGGGCAGCAUAGAAUCACUCUCUUCUCAUUCGUCAGAACAAAACAGCACCACAAAGUCUGCUUCAUCCCAACCCAGGGAGAAAUCAGGAGGAAUUCCAUGGAUUGCCUCUCCACCGUCUUCCAAUGGACAGAAGAGCUCUGGCCUCUGGACCACAAGUCCAGAAUCCUCCUCUAAGGAGGAUGCUACAAAAACAGAUGUGGAGUCAGACUGUCAAAGUGUGGCUUCUGUCACUAGCCCAGAGAAUACAUCUCCACCAGUAGAUCUGACCAAAAAAAGUGUUUAUGGUCUGUCUGGGCUGACAAGAUCUGCAGCUCCAUCCCUCAGAUCAAUCACUUCAGCAGAAGGUAACAAAAGCCGCAGUGGAUCUGUACAGAGCUUAGCCUCAGUUGAUGCCAAAGACACACCAAAGGCUCUACCAAAUCCAGAACUGCCUCCCAAAAUGCGCAGGAGAUUAAGAUUGGAUACGGCUUCGAGUAAUGGCUAUCAGAGACCAGGAUCUGUAGUGGCUGCAAGAGCCCAGUUGUUCGAAAGUGCUGGUUCACUUAAGCAAACUUCUUCAGGACGACAAGCCAAAGCCAUGUAUUCCUGUAAAGCUGAGCACAGUCAUGAGCUCUCCUUCCCACAGGGGGCAAUAUUUUCAAAUGUGUACCCAUCAGUGGAACCAGGCUGGUUAAAAGCAACUUAUGAAGGCAAAACAGGACUCGUUCCUGAGAAUUACGUUGUCUUCCUCUAGUAAUCUUUAGUGGACAGCAGUAUCUUCAUGGUAUCCAUGGUAACAAAUAAUAAGCACUAUGAUUUUAUCUGACACAGAUAUGGGGAUCAGCCCACUAGCAGAGAAUGUUAGUUUUUCUUCAAAUUCUGUAAGGGCAAAUUAGGUAGCUCCCUAUAAAUGGAACAGGAUGUAAUGAAAUAGUUCACAGUUUUUUGUACUGCAGAUGGUACUCUGUUUAAAUAAUUUCCAUUGUUUAUAACACAAGCAUGUUGCAUACUUCUUUUACAGUUAAGGAACAUUUGAGCAAUAAAAUCAGAAAAUUAGUUGUUAAACAUAUGACACCUGAGAUAUUGCUCAACUGGUGUGAAAUUUACAGCAAUGCACUCUGACAAUGCUUACAAUUAUAUUGUUUUACAUGUAAAAAUUAUAUAUUAGUUCAUAAAGCAAAAUAUAUUUCUAUGAGCUGUCUUCUGGAUUAGAAAACUUGAUUGUGAGACUGGUCCCAGUCAUUUCAAGGAAGAAGUUAAUCUGCCAUGAAGCAAAGUUUUGAACCUCUUGUUAUGCAAUGAGAUCACAAUAUACAGAUGCAGUAAUGUAUGUAAUUUAUAUAAUUGAUAACCAAAUUAGGUUGUACACUGUUUAAGCAAGAAGUUCUCUUUUAAAAUGUGAUAUUUUUAAAAUCAACUUUUAAUUCACAUAUUGUACAGCUUUAUUUUAUUUCCUCAUAUAUUUCAUCAGUUUGUUUUAUCAAUAUAAUUAAUAUUAAUAAUAAAUUAUAUUUCUAGCACCCAUCUUUUCUAAGGGAUUCUCAGCUUGUCUCACAAAAACGACCAUAACAAACAAAAGAAAUCCUGAAACUAAAAUGAUGGGAAAAUAUGUGAAGUUAGCAACAAAGAAUGAAAAGAUAUCUAAAAACCUGAAAAAAACCCAGCAGAGUCACACAGUGCCAUCAGACAUCUAAUUGUUUUUCAGAUUUUCCACUGCUGCAAGAUAAAUUAUCUGUGAAGUACCUAGUUUUAUAAGCUAUGAAUUCUAAAGGCGCCUUUUAGCUAUAAAAAAAUACCCGAAGUAGACAAAAUGUAAUUAUUUUGGUAAUUUUUGAAAUAUCGUUUCCUUAGAAUUUCAUUGAACAAUUUGACAUCCAUUCCAAAACAUGAUAAUAAAACUGCUUGGUGUAGAUAUUUACAAAUAACAGCUGCAACUAAAAUGCAGUCAUUUUGUAACUACUGGCAUUAAAUUCUGUGUAAGUUUUCCCAUCAAAGUUCAGUGGCUUGUAUUGAUAAAAGACUGUAAUAAACAGUGAGGGCACUGGCACUUUAUAAUGGAAUAACAAUCCUUUACAGAGAGAACAAAAUACAAAUAUCAGAAACCAAGUAAACAGUGAGUAUAUGUCCAAGGUAAACACUGGGCUUGCUUAAAGAACUACCAAAGGCCCAGGCCUGAAGGCUUUAUUGGCAAAACUCCCCUUGAAUUUGGACAUCCCAAGUUAGUUAAUCAACAGAGCUGCUAACCUGGUGAAUCCAUUCUUGAGAGUCAAUACAUAGUGGCCUCAAAAUUCUACACUGAUGUCAACAGAAUCUCACAUGUGCUUAAGCAACGCACUCAAUCAGGGUGUAGCUCUUUACUGAAUUGCUCCAGUAAAAUUGCAGUAACUGCAUGGCUAGUCAUCAUGUAUGAUUCAAAGCAAAACCAUUUCAGCACCACAUUCAAACCUUGCCAGCAGAGCUCAGUGCUGUUAGUGCCGGGGGGACGGGGAAGGGAACAGACUUGCUGGGCUCCUGGGCAAAGUGGAGGGGAGGCUGGCUCCACACUCCCAGAAGGGGCAGGGCUGAGGGCAGCCAGUGCUGACUGGAAGGCAGCGCACCCUUCCCCCACUUUCCCAGGUGGCCCAAAGAGUCACCUGGAGCAUGCUGCGAGGCCCUCUGGUGGCAAUGUAAAGGGUCCAAAGCUCCAGCCACACCGCUCUAUGGUGGCUGGGGCCCUUUUGAAUUGCUGUGCUCCUGGGGCAACUGUCCUCUUUGUCCUCCGCGCUGCACUCCCCCAGCUCUCCAUUGGCUGGCCUGUGUUAAUGCUAUGGGAAGAAUUGCCUCGCACACAAACUCUUUUGCUUGUUAGCUGUUUCUCCAGCAACAGUAUUAAAAUUAUAGGUGGGCAAGACAAGGAAAUUCCAUUGUGCCACAGAUUUAGAUAUUUCUAAAUUUGGUUUUGUUCUGAUUCAGAAAGAAAACCCCAAACUUUGACAUUUUCUGCAAAAUGGUAUGGCACUCUCCUCCAGCGCGCACUGCCUCAUGGGCUGUCCCAGAGCUACAGACCCUGGAAGCCCAGGGGUCCUCAGCUCUGAGGCACAACACCUGCCGUGCUGUCCUGGCGCUGCAGCCCUUGGAAGCCCACCAGGCAAGGUUCCGUCAGACUUUUGUUGAAAUGAAACUCUCUCUAUGUAACAAUUUGAUUUUGACAAAGCCGCAUAUUCCAGCAACACGUUUUUCUGAGCAUUUUUCCUACCAGCUCUGCUAAAUAUAUUAAACCUUUAUUUACUGAAACAGUGGGCACCGCUUUCCAGUGAGUUAAAUAAGAGUUUUUCCCAAGGCUGAAAACUUUACAAACCUAUUUAUCACUGCCAAAUUUUCUGAUACUUUCCUUGGUGGUCUUAGUAGGCUAAGUAUAGCCAAUAUAUGCCAUCUUUCAAAAGUAGUGUACUUCUCUCAGCUUCUGAAUCAGCCUGCUGGACAACGCAGUGGGAGUUGCUAAUAAUGAGUCAUUUCUUCAAAGUAAUUUUAGUGCUGAAAUUUAGGCUGGUGGCAAGAGCCAUCUCUGCGGUAAUGAGGGCACCAGAUGGAGCUCAGCUGGAAGACUCUUGGAAUCCUUUGUAUGACACAGAUAGAGGCUUCUCACCAGUUUCAAGUAAGCUAGUAAGAGGCAGAUUGGAACCAGGUACUGGAGGAUAGACCAUGAGAUCCAUGACUGCAUAAUUAAGUGACUCACAAUAAUUUGGGCUCUUAAUUCUACUUCACUAUCAACAGCUUCAUACUCUCCUUGUUCACUAUCAGUAGGUGAUACCUCUCCCCCCCCCCCCCGUGUGUCAUGAAGAGCAUUCCCUCGGUACAUUGUGAUGGAUAAUUCCAAAGCUGGUCCUCUUGAAUUGUCAAGACAAAUAUCCAAUAGAGACGAAGUAAAAUAGGAAGGAGGCUCCUCAGCUGCUCAAAGCUUGGAGUUCUUAAAUUUGAUAAAACUCAUGUUGACUUCAAUGGGCACUUCCUCUGAGUCAAGAGCUAUGUAAUUAAUUCUGCGAUUUUAACUUCUCUUAUCUCGUGCUGCGUUAACAUAUUGUUGGUUGCCGAUGUUUGGGCUGUGCUUGACGGCUCCAUCCUAAGAUGGUGGGGUAACAAAGCUUUUGCCUCCUCACAACAAUCCAAGGAGAGGCGCUAUCUGUACUCCUGGUGGUAGUGAGUGCAGAAAGAGGCAAGACCCUGCUCAGAAGCCUAGAACUAUCAGUGACCCUACUGUGAAGUAGUAUCCUGAGACAUACUAUCUGGCCUCUGCACAGGGGUGCAGUGGGCGGGGGCAAAACGCUUAUUUGAGUUAUCCUUCCCCCACCCUGAUUUCUCCAUCAGGGCAAUCACAGUCUGGCUCUUUUUGUGAAUCCCGUGGAGUCGAACAAUUCCUUAGAGCCCUUUGGGUGAGUUACAGUCUUGGAACUCUGAAGAGGAAGAUCAGUGCUGCUUUUUUUUUUUUUUUUUUUUUUAACUUAAGCCUAUAUACUGUGUGAGCAUUUUCCUUCUUUUCCUCAGUAGUGCAUGGAUGGGGUACAUACGGAAUCUGUCAAUCAGCCACUCUGCAUCCUGCAUAUAAUUUUAAAGGGACAAUGCCUCCUUUUAAUUCACAUUUCCAUCUGAAAAUGUGAUUCCUGUGGUUUGCUACAAGUGACUCUCACAUUACCUGAGCUGAAAGAGAUGAAAGAUAUUUGUUAAUUUUUUAUUCCUCUCUCUAUUACAUGGUGCAUUGAGUGAGCACUUCCAGUGCAGUCAGUUUCUCUGUUGUGCUGAUGGUGCACAUCCAGCUUCAAGCGUUGCAAGAAGGUACUCACCAGUAGCCAAAGUAGCAAAACUGGCACUGAAGAGACAUCAGGAGCCAUGUACCUAGGGACACAUGAAUGCAGGAGAGAGUGUUGGACCUGAGCUUUUUGGUAGUGGUACGCCCACUGCUUCCCAGAGCAGAAAACCUUUCCAGGUGUUUUGGGGCUUGGGUUCUUUAAAUGAUUUGUAUUAUUUUUUUUCCUUUUUGUCUUUUGUUUGUUUUAAGGAUUUUUAAAGACAGUGUGUGAAGGCUGCUCUAUCAGGAAAUUAGUCAAUUAAAAUAUUGAUUGAGUGGAUCCCUGUAUUAUUUUUUUAAGAUCAGCCCUGGAUUCAGUCUACAAGCACUACAGGCUUAUGGUAAGCCUUCUGUAUUAUCCCGCUAGAAAAGAUGUAGCAAUUUUCUCAAGCAUACCACAGUUUGCAAAUGUAUCUGGGUAAGAAUCACAUUUGCUAGCAUAUUCAAAAUGAUGUUAGUGACUUGUGAAAACCGUGUCUGUGUAUACAGUUUAAUUAUUUGUGUGUAUUUCUUUGUUAAACCGUUUGUUACUUAUCGCAAUCAAACAUGCACAAAUAAAUUUGUUGAAAGGUUGUUUAUAGUUUAUGAUAAAUCUGUAAAGUAUUCUAUAGCCAAACUUUUUAUUAAAGUUGGUCAGAAUGAAAAAUUAGUUUUCAUGAUCAUUUCUACAAGUUCAGCAUUAAAAUGUUCUUGCCACAUUUUGGAGUUUUGAAUACUAUGUGAGAUGGCUUUUAAAUUAAAUGAUAGUUUUGGGCCCUGAUAAAUUUUUCUAUUCUCCCAGGUGCUGUUUAUAAUAAUGUAACUAACCCACAAGUGCAUUGUUGAAUUAUUUCUGGAGAAAAUUAUACAGAGAAUUACUCACGAGCUAAUUCUUGGUAGUAAUAAGUAACACGUCAUUCCUUUUAUUUUCCCUUCAAACUCCCUAUUUAUUGUCUGUAAUUGGAAUCAGGGUUUUGUUUUGAUUUCCUUUAGGAAAGUAAUCUUAGCAGGGGUGAGAGUAAAAUUUAAGCGUGCAGAACAGAGUGAGUAAUUCAACAGCAAAAAAGCAUUAUAACACAGGAAUAAUUUGUAUACUUGUGCACUGGGGCCUGUUUUACUUUCUAUUUAGUAAUAUUGCAUCAGAAUAAAUAGUGAUAUUAAAAAAACACGUUAAUCUGAAUGUUUCUUGUGUUAAAAACCAAUUCAAGCACUUAUUGGGUAAGGGACAAGAAGACGACUCUCCUAAUCAAAGACCUUAUCAUAUAAUCAUAAGGCAAAUCCUCGGCUGGUGUGAAUUGUCAUCAUUCCACUGACAUAAACAUGAAGGGCUGACAAUUUACACCAGCUGAAGAUCUGCCCCUCAGUAUUUAAAGGAAGUGUCCAUUGAAAUCAAUAGGUGUUCUGCCUAAAAGGAGAAGGUUUGAUAUAGCCCAAUAUUAUCUUUAAAGUUUCUAACAUUUGUUUUCUCUAGUAAAGGAUCCCCUUGUAAAUCACCCCACCCAUCAGGGAUCAAACACAGGGCAUUGUCAUUUUCCUCCAGACCACACAGCUCUAGUGAUUGUUGCUGUAACACCCCUCUCGGUAUUGCUUAUGCAAAACUGAGGAUGGGCCUACACUAAAGGGGAAAGUCGAAUCAAGACAGACAACUCCAGCUACGUUAAUUACGUAGCUGGAGUUGAUGUCCUGUAAUUCAAGUUUCCCUGCCAUCCCCACUGUGGGAGGCCGAUGGGAGCUUUUGCCACCAGCCACUGAUGGAAGCAUCCUCUGAGUCUGAAAUAGUGUGUCUUAACUAGACUUGCUAAAUCAGACUCCAGAAUAUCGAUCGUGGCAGCAUCGAUCUUCCACUCAGUGAAGACAUGGCUUGAGACUGUUGACCAAACUAUUAACCAGGAUAAUCAAAAUAUGUUGGAUCCUCUGUAUUUCAGCCAUUAAAGAUCAUAAUAUAGUAUUUGUUGUUCUGUACGUGGCAUCAUAUCAUGGGUUAUUUGAGUGUCUUUGUUGCUUUAAAUGGUGAUUUCCUCUUUGGAUACUUUAUUUUAAAGUCCUUGUGUAUCUGAGCUUCUUGUAAAGGUAAUGCUGGGAAUCAGCAUUAAUAUUCUGGCACUGGUGGUCAGGAUUUGCUCCCAGCCUUCUGAGGGUUUGGACUGCAGCAAAUGUAAAGGUCGUUUGGCAGAUCAUACAUUUAUUAUUUCAAUUCUGAAAGAUAUUUAUGAUGAUUAUUUUGAUGAUACUAGAGUUUAUAGAAUUCUUAGAUAUUAUACUGUGUUUUAAUACCAGGAAUUUAUAUGCAAUCAAUAACAUGAGAAAGUAAAAUAUAUUUAAAAAGUUACUAGUAGUAAAUUAUCAUAUUGAACUUUUUGUUUAUUUUGUAGUGGGAUUUCAGUUAUCUGCACUCUGUACAUAUAUCACAUGUAAAUAAUUGGCAUGUUACCUGUAAACUGACUUGAUAUCGUACCUGUGCUGUACUUUACAUAUAUUUCAUGAAAUUAAGAAAUAUUUUUAAAAAUAAAAAGCCUGUCUACACACACUUUUCUAUAUUAUUUUUGCAUUUAUAUUCCUAUUUAGUCUCUUAUUUUAUUCCAUUUCUUAUUGCUAUUCAUUCCAUUUAUUUGUAUUGUAUGUUGGAAUGCUAUUUUGUUCUUGCCUAGAUACCACAAUGACUGAACAUUGCGUAAAUAUUAUUUAUGUAGCCAUUUGACAUAGGUGGCCAUUUACAAACAUGUUCAGACUGUUAAGCAAUGGACCUAUGUAAAAUUCUGUAUUCAUAGUUCAGCAAGUAUCUUUUUGACUAUAGAAUUUAACUAAGAAAUCUGUAAGCUGUGACUAAAGUGAACACGAGAAAAAUGGCAGUUCACAUAACAGAGAAGCACAGCAUUGGCACAUAACAAGUAAUAAUGCAAAUGAAAUCUUAGUGUCUCUCAUGAUUAUAGGCAUGUAGGUGUUUGGUGACCUGGUACUAGCUGAAGUUCCUGUAGAGGAGCAAGUCAUAUAACAACUUGGGGGCUCACAUGCCUCAAAAUUUUCACAAGGGUAUUUGGCCUUGAUGCCAUCUUCGCAUUGACUAAAGUCAGUGAGAAUUUGGAUUUUGAAUUGAUGGUGCUUUCAGCACCUAAAUUAACACCCUAGAAGCAUUAGCAGAGGAAAGUGAAUUCCAGUGGAAGAGUGAAAUAGUAGAAAUGAGGAGUGAGUUGAGUUUUGCGGGAAGUAGAGUGCAGAGAAUCUGUGCUCUGAUGAACCUCCGGUGUUGGUUUGAGUACAGUUGCUCCUGAUUUAUACCAGUGUAACUGAGAGGAGAAUUGGGCUCCAGUAUCUUAUGUCUGUGAAAAGACAUUUUUUUGAUGAAGUACUAAAAUGGGUAUUUAAAAUGCAAACUAGUGAGGUUGUUCCUACCAAAUCCCUCUUCAAAUCCCAGCAAUGAAGGAGUGGGAAGUGAUUGUAUAUCAUGAAGUACAUCACAGAUAUGUGUUGCAAGAAUAUGCGUCUUGGCUGUUGAUAUCCUUUGAAGGGUUAUUUUCUAGAAAGUAUUGUCACAGCUGGUGGUUUUAGCAGAUCUUAUAAUGGAUGAGUCAGCCGUGUUACUAGGCUCUCACAAAAAGGCAGUAUCUGAUGUAAAAUGAGUGUGGAAGGUAAACUGAAGUUCAAGACCUUGUUUAGGUCUUGUUUGAUCACAUUGGUCACAAAGAGUUCAGAGGAGAGCAACAAUAGUGCUGUUUCAAUAAGAUCUUAGAACUGGACAUAGUGAGUCUAGUGUGCAGAUGAUAGAGAGGUUACAAAGCUUCAUGAGGAGAUGAUACAAUUCUCAGUCUAGAAGACAGAGAUGUAGUAGAUCAAAGCUCUGUAUGGGGUAAUAAGUUGAGAAGAGAAGGUCAGUAGAACUAUAGUAUGUUUGGAAAAAGAGCUGUAGUCAUUUGAGAUGCUCGAGGUUACACUAGAUACCUAUCCAGGAAGGAUGAUUUGCAUAAGAUCAAUCCUGCAAGAGGAUAGACUAUUAGGCUACAUUUACAUAGCACAGCUGUGACUACCUUUUGCCAGCUGACUCAACCUGGGGGCUGUUUUAUUGCAGUGUAGUGGUUCAGGCUGUAGCCCAAGAUCUGGGGCCUUCCCACAUAACAGGUUCCUAAAACUUAGCGUCCAGCCUGACCCUGGAAGUCUAUACAGCAAUUUAAACAGCCCCACAGCCUGAGCCUCACAAGAGAAAGCCCGCUGGCGUGGGCCAGUCACUGGUGUUUAAUUGCUGUGUAGACGUGCCCCUAAAGCCCCUUUCUAACCAAAAUAAGAUUCUUACACAAUCGCCUCUCUUUUUCUGCAUCUCAAACUAAACAUAAGCUUAAAGGGGUAAGUCACAAAGUAAAGUAAACACAUCCUCGGCAGCAAAAAUACAGGAAUCAGCAGGGCACAGUUUUGCAUGAAAAUUCGGUCUUUGUUUACGUCUAAAGCUAAAAGAAGAGCCUGUCUUGUACUGUAAGGAUAUAGUUCAACA